AUGCUGCAAACCGGCUCUCUGGACUGUGCAGUUACAAGCGGUGAUAAUGUGAACAACACACCAGACUUCGCGUGUUUCCGUCAGACAGAUUCGGGACAGAGGGACGCCCGGAGAGAUGGCCAGUAUUUCGGAAACAAUAAUUGUUCCGCGGAUCCGGCGACCGUGGAACCAGUGUCCAGACUGUACUACCCAGCUAACAGCUACGGCAGCUCGGGGUUAGCGACGCCGUCAGCCACAUGGUUGUACCGAGAACAGAGCCCAGAGGUUAGUACGCCAGGAGAUGACGACGUUGUCAGCGACCGCAAGGACAUCGCCGCAGACUACAGCUCUCCGGAGAGGAACUACAACACCACGGUGGCGGGCUUCAGUUCCCCAGAAAUGAAGUACACCGCCCCGAGGGCAGAAUACAGUGUCCCGGGGGUUCCGCACAGCACCUCAGCGGUGGAGAGUUCUGCUCAAUACACCUGUCUCCAGCCGGUUAAAUCCGCCUACGACUGCCAGGCGCAGAUGCCGCCCUACCCUCCCCCGUAUCAGAGGCAGAGCGUUGGGUCGGUCCCUAGCACAUACCCCAUAUACCAACCUCCGUACAGACCGACGGAGGCCGAGCCGUAUUAUCAGAGGGAGAGCGGGUCCCCCCACUCGACGCCGGCUCUGACCCUGGCGACCACGCCCUACCACGCCGCCCAGGAGAGUCUGCACAAGAAGGUGUGUGUCCACCUCUGUAACCGAGAGAUGUGGAUCAAGUUCCACAGUCACACCACGGAGAUGAUCAUCACCAAACAAGGAAGGAGGAUGUUCCCGACCCUGCAGUACAGUCUGACGGGCCUGGGCCCCCAGAAGCAGUACAAUGUCUUUGUCGACAUGAUUCUGGCGGAUUCCAACCACUGGAAGUUCCAGAGUGGUCGCUGGGUCGUGUGCGGCCAGGCGGAGCAACUGCCCACUACUGGGCGUGUCUAUCUGCACCCCGACUCUCCAAACAGAGGAUCUCAUUGGAUGAAACAAGACAUCGUGUUCGGAAAGCUAAAACUGACAAACAACAAAAGCAUGGACACCGGACACGUGGUACUGAACAGCAUGCACAAGUACCAGCCGAGACUACACGUCAUAGAGGUGGGCUCGUGCACGCCCGGUGACACCAAGAAUCUGCUGACACAUUGCUUCCUGGAGACUCAGUUCAUAGCGGUGACGGCGUACCAGAACACAGACAUUACGCAGCUGAAAAUAGACCACAAUCCGUUUGCCAAAGGUUUUCGAGACAACUACGACAGGUAAGUUUCAGUUAUUAAUCUUUAAAGUCGCACACCCCAGUUUUUAAACACUGCGAUGCAUUAUUUAUUUAUUAUUAUUUUUUUUUUUUUUUUUAAUGUUUUUGGGUUUUUUUUACCGUUAAGCGUUGUUUUUGAUACUGGAAAUCAAACAAUGCUUACAUUUGUUUUUUUAUUGUUUGGAAUAUCCAUUUCCGUACAUCCGAAGUGCGUCAGGACGCUAUUUCUUCAUUUCAGAAGACGUU